CAGGCGCAAGACUACCAAGACAUUUGUCACGAGACGAGGUCGGGUCAACAGCUUUAAUUUGAUAGGUUGCAUCAUAUCAGCUCCUUCGGAUAGCCAUGGUCUACGGACGACGAAAUCUGUGUCGUCCACGUUGGUCCCCAACGCACUGCUACCUGCGCCUGAAACUGAUCUACUGCAGUCGCUCAAGUCCGGAUCCUUGCUAAAUAUGGACAAACACCUGCGCGUCUGUACUUUGUUAGGAGGAGACAGAGCCUGCCACUUGCCGGACUCGAUCAUCGAGACAGAAGUAGGUGUUUUCUGGCGCAAAAAACAUGUUACAGUUUUUAUAGAGUCUGGCAUCCUGUGCAGCGUCAAUUCGCGCCACAGUGGGGCUGGCACACGCAGUUUUCGCCAGCCGCUGCGGUGUGACUUUUCCCGAUAACCCGGCACCUUGGGCAAAACUGCCUGGAAAGUGUCUGAAGGUUUCAAGCAAGCAAAUGCAUACCUUGACUCUUUAUGUUGUGGUUGUUGACACUUUUAUGCGCGAAAGGCAGUAGGCUACUGUAGAUUUAUAUCCGUGCCGUCACUCUCUAAGGCUGCCCUAACAUGCAACCGAAAAAAAAGCGGUCCGUGCACCAUGCAGCGGCAGCAGCCGCAAGAGGCAAUACUGAGGAGAAUACGGCAUUUUUUGCUGCUAGACAGUCCUCUGAAGCGGCCCCGCAUUCACUUUUUCAGUCAUUGUCAGAAUCUCGAAUGAAGAAGAAGGUUCGGCGGCAGCGGGAGGGAGGGGCCGAGGCACAUGCUGCCGAACAGGCGAGUACAGCGUCGCCGCGGGAGGGUCGAAGUAGCCCUGGUCACCGACGAGCAGCAAAAAGUAAGUCGCUGGCGCAUUCGACCAACUGCUGCAUCGUUCUGACGCACUGUCCCUUGUACCUUUUCCGGGACAAGAGGCAUUCCUCAACGGCGGGCCUUUUGAACAUGGACGACCAUCGGUACCUUUUGGCGGGUCGACCCUCUUCUUCGUCAACUGACAACUUUGCAUUUCCUUUCCUCGACAAGAUCCAGUCACAGCUUCGCCAGUUGCAUGAUCCCUUCCUCGAGAGUUCGAGCGAUCUCGCUGAUGCAGCAGCAGUGCCGAACCGAGGCAUGGCGGCAGCAACUGAGGCGGCGGGGGCCAGGGCAGCUGCAGUAGCGGAAGACCGUCGUCUUCUUGUGGAAGCGUGCAUGCGCUCUGACGUCGUCCAUCAGUGUCUGUUGAACAUCCUCGACUCCAUAGUGGUCUCUCAGCUCCGCACUGGCAUUCCACACUUUGCCGGCAAGAAUACCGACGCCGCCGCCUCGGCGUUCACAACUGCGUCAGGCGAAGCUUGGAAAGGCCAGCCGGGCGCGGGAAAACCGUUGUCAGCUCAGCCAGGGAACAUGAACUUCGAGCUACUUCUCCACACCAUGGACGGCAAGCUGCUUCGCGUCUCCCCUUCGUUUCGCGUCCCGCGAAACUUCAAAGUUUUCAAGAAAGUUGCGACGAUGGCACUGUCCUCUCCCACGGGGAAGCUGCGCGGGACUCCCACGGCGCGGUCCGAGAGAAACCGCCGCCACGGCUGGGCUUCUCAGGAGAGGGUCCAGACGGAGGGCGCUGCUUCUGACCGAGAAAGCGAGGCGGAUGACCGCGACGAGGAGGAAGAAGAGACCCUCAUCGAAGUGCUUCAGCCUCCCUUCUGGAGGCAUCUGCCGGACAACUACAGACCCAUUUGCUUGUCUGCUUCGCGCCACGCGCCCAAGGUAGUCUUGCGCCGGAUGAUGACAGAACUUCGGGAGGAAGCAAACCUCGUCUUUAUGAUUUCUGCUUGUCCGUACCUCGACGCGGCGGCGAUACCGAGGUGUCUAGUGCGCCCCAGAACCACAGGCAGCCUGUUGAAUGGAACAGCCGAAAUGAAAGGGCGCGAGCCUGCUGGGGAUGAGGCUGUGCAGGGGCAAACGGAGCCGACGGCCGAGGUGGACAUAACGCGGGAUGCAUGCACGCCCGUUGUCAUAAGCAUUUCCAAUUUCCCCAUGUCCGCUGCGGUCAGGUGUGACAGGCUGAUCUACGAGGUGCAGUCGCUUUUGCCGAGUGCGCCGCCCAGUUGAAGGAAAGCGGGUUCGGGCCAUUUCCUUACUUGAGCUGUCAGGACACUGCACGGAUCUGGCCACUCGGGUCGACACGCGACCAGCGCAGACCCACAGACGGGAACUUCGUUUUUCUUUCGUGUCUGGUACAACUUCUACAGCUCGCGAGCUCUACUGCUCCUUACUUCUUCACCUCAAAAUGUGGAGGCGGAUGCAUCCAUUUUUUCGAAGCCGCUGGGCACACGCAGGCUGAAACACUCGACAAAGUUGUGGGCGAAGAGUCUGUGAAUAUACCGUUCUUUUGUGUCCCUCGGUUCGUCUCGCUUUGUUAAACAGAACGCAGUACACUUCGUCACUCUGGCUGGAAGCUGGCGGAGUGGAUUGGUGACGUGACGGAUGGAUGAGCAAUCCUAGACUGUUUUCGUUCUAGGCAAAAUAUAUGGAUUACUGUUAUCACUCGUAUUAACAGCGAGAGAAAACUACUCAGAUGCUAGUCUGAUCAGUACCAUCGUCCUGGG